CAUCAUGUCCAUUCUAGCUUUACCACCAGAACUGCUGGAAAAGAUUACUUUUCAGGUCGGCUGUCGUGGCUAUCAAGCAAUGCGCUCGACCUGUCGGGUUCUCUGCGACGUCGCCACACCCUUCGUCUUCGAAAAUCUCCAUAUAAAUUUCGAGUAUAUUGAAUCUCAUAGGUCUGAGGCGAAAUCCUUUCUUAAGGAGCUAUCCAACGGCAGACGGCUCGCCAGAUUUGUCCGAUCUAUCCAUUUCCAGUCGACCAUGAUGCAUCGUAGACCCAAAAUCGCUCAGGUAUGGAACGCAAUAACGUUACUCGGGAAGCAAAAUACAUUUUAUCGAACUGUUGGAAACCUCCUGCUAGCUGCUGUCCCUCUCAUGCAGUCGUUAGAAUACUUCUGGUGGGGUAUAUAUGAUCAACAAGUAGUUGUGGACCGAGUAGCAAUGAAGGACAUUAUUCAUCGCCUUAGUGCCCUUCCUCGUCUCGAAUUUGUUGCAAUCACCUCCUGGAAGAUCAAGCAGGAAAUCCCCUGUGCACCGUUUCAUCACUUGACAUCUCUACUUGUCAGCGGACGCGGUACACUCGAUUAUGUACCUCCCAUUAUUGCGAACAGCCCAAAACUACUCGAGCUAGAUGUCACCACCUUUCGUUAUGAUCAUCCUUCUCCGCCACACUUUCCCGUGGUGUCUCUCUUUAGCGCGUUUCCCGAAGGAGAACACAGCUCUUUGCUUAUCAUGCGCCUGUCAGGCAACUAUUUUAACCUGGAUCCAUCGACUGUUCCCGUUCUUAUCCCACACUUACGCAAGUUAGUCCAAUUCCAUGUUCCGAUUGGGUUUGAAAUCCCCGACGAGUUCUGGAGUGGCUUGCUUGCUGCCCGGGUGUACUUCCCACGCGUGUCGUGCAGCAGUGAGGGAUUGGGCGACUCUUUCCUUACCUAUCUUGGGUCCUAUCACGGACUGAAAGAACUUAAGUUGUGGCCAUUUGAACCCAAUGCUCAGGACGACGAGCGCCACUCUCGGUUUCUUCUGCACCAUAUCAUUCCUACACACGCAAUCAGUUUGACGGACGUGACCAUAAAUCCCAGAUAUGCCGGACCCUGGUGCUUUGAUGCCUCGAUGUGUCAUUCCCUAUCAUUUUGCAUGAAUCUUGAACAUCUUGCUAUCUGUGUUGAUGAGGAGCGUGCACCAGUAACGGGCCCUGGCAACGUUGUUGUAACGCUAAUGAAGAGUCUCAAACAUUGGCCAUUUCUGAAAUGUCUGACUAUCGAGACUGUCGUUUCUGUUGAAGCCGGUAUAUAUGUAAGGCCAAAUCAAUCUCCACAAAGAGAGGUCUGCGCUCGUGUUCAGGAUAUCGUCACCAUGCAGUACAGGAAUCCAACACUUCAGAUGCUUGCGCUGCGAAUUAACACGGAUUUUGUGUAUGGCUUCAAGCUCCGACGCAGUGAACUUCCGGGCGAGAGUUAUUCCUUUUAUUCAGACCAUCUUUCUUAUUGGGGAGAGCGACUAUCGAAGGAUAAAGAAUGAUGCGAUCUACUUGGAACUCCUGGGGAAUGUAAAGGGCGUCCUACUAUAAACAACAAUUAUGCAAUGAUUUCCGUCGAUCUACUCACAUGUACACCUAAUUUGAUCUGAGGAUCUCGUACUCCCUAAUUUUAUAUGAUGUAUUCCAAGUGGCAACGGUAAUCCUACACUUUAUGAGG